AUGCCAGUCGCGUCAGUACGCGCCGCGCUGCGUGACGCUGCCAAGUUAACACACCAUAAUCCAUGUAUUCCAGCAUGCGGUGUCGACGAAACAAAAGACUACUGCCCAGCUGACUGCGCCUCCGACUCUUGCCCAAAGGGCCCGAAGACCGUGGCUUGCGCUCGCCCGAAUGUCUGUCCCCCGCCCCAGUGCAAGUGCAGAUUCAACCAUCGUCGUGCUGAGAAUGGAACUUGCAUACCUACACGCGAAUGCCCCCCAUUCAAAUGUGACCAGGCCAACGAAGAAUACGACCCCUGCCCGCCGCUCUGUCCAAACGGCUCCUGCAGCCAGGCGACGCCGUCAGGAGACUGUCCUCCAAUCUUCGGAAACAUUGGCAUCGUGCUGGAAUGUAACCCGAGCUGCCGCUGCAAGAAGGGCUACUUCUGGAACGAGGACAAAGUUUGCGUGCCUUACAAUCAAUGCCCUGGCAAAAGCGACUCCAAUGCUUCGGAAUAAAGAAUGAAAGUACUUCAAGGUAUUUAGGUGAUUAAGUAAUUACCUAAGAAAGUAGAUAUAUUUACUAUAAAUAAAUCGAAAUAUGAGAACGAAA